UUCGGUGAUGAAACGUGGAAGUGGAAGACUCUUGAAAUACAGUAAGUGGAAGUGUGAUCAAGAGCAGUGACUCGUGGAAGGAAGCGACUUGAAUUCCUACGAAACAACACGUUAGCCUUGUCCGGGUGGUGAUCUCCCGGAAAACCCCUCCAACGCUCAAGUUAGAACGUUAAUGUGAGAUUGAGUAGAUGAUUAUCAACUGAAUGUAAGUGAACGUCGAGAUUGAUAUUGUUAGAAUCUUGGUGGGCUAAUGAAAUGGAGAGUGUGUAAGGAUACUAAGAAGGAUUAUUUUCAGAUGUCCCCUCCUCUCUGAUGGCUGUCCCUUUUUAUAAUGCACAAGGAGGAAGUUACAUCAGAGAGUGGGAGUUGAAGAUCAUGGGAGACAUGGGCAGUUAGUUCCCAUGGAAGAAGGAUUACCAUGCAUUUAAAGGGAAGUGGGAAGUUACCAACCUUGGAAGAAGGAUAGCCAUGGAAUGAGGGAGAGUGGGGAGUUGCUUUACGGGAAAGUAGUUAAGGCAUUGAGAGGUUACUAAUUCAUGGGCCAUUCAAGGGAGAUGGAAAAUUCAGAAAAGGGCCCGUUGAUCGAAAGUCAAAGUCAAUGUGAAAGGUCAAGGGGUAAUAAGUUCUCCCCUAUUUCACUGCAUCUAAAGUUCUACACCCCUCUUUCUCGAUUUCCAUAACCCUAAAAAACCUAACUUUUUCAUUCUCUUGACCUUCUCCCUCUUGGCUUAUCAAAUUCUCGUUGGUUAUGUCAGACAGCGAAAGAUCAUGCCAUGAAGUUCGGGACAGCAUGUGGGAAAACGAAGCUUCAGAUGAUGAAGAUGGGAAGACGUUGUCGGACAACGGAAGUCCAGGCGAUGAACCUUUGUCGAAGAAGCCAAAACUUGCUAGCGACCUUAAUGAAGUCACUAUUGAUGAGCAUUUGGAAGCAAUUGAGGAAGCUGCUUUAAAAGAGUUAAUCUUGAGAACUUGCAAAACUUUUCUGGUUGAUUGCAAGGAAUUACCUGGUCAACUUUAUGAUAGUCUGAUUGAAGGACUUACCACUCUUGCUUACCUGUUGUAUGACAAGGAGGAUUUAUACCGGAUGGGAAGUUCUCGCAUGGUUAUUGAUCAACAAAACAAGUUUUGGGAAGAACUUGCACCUAUAGGCGAGAAGAAUGAAUCAGUUUUUGAGUUUUGCAAGUGGAUUUUCUAUAAAAAGGUUGGCCCGGAAAGAUACUCUUUGUUGACGGAACAUGAUCUUGGCAGAAUGGUUUCGCGUUAUAGCAGUCUCUCAUAUGAGAAGCCUUAUACGUAUUAUCGCGUCGAGGAAAAUAUGAAGAGUACUGUUGAUGAUGACAUUCUGAAAGCAAUCAGAAAAGUAAAGCUUUGUCCAAGAUUAUCGGUUGAUCAAUAUACAGAUUUACUGAUAGAGAUGUUUACGGAUCGUGAUAUGAAAUGUCAAGAGUUUUUGAUCGCCAAAGCUGUGGAGAUAAUUGAUAUUGAAACCUUGUACAGUUUAGAUGCUCAUUCACUGUCUUUUAUUAUUGAGUGGCAAGACUCAGAGAGGUCUUUUAUUGAGUGGCAAGACUCAGAGUGGUCUCCCCAUGAAGAGUUUGACAACCUUCUUAAAUUUUACUUAUUCAAAAUUAUUCUAUGGAGAAAAAGAAUGGUCAAAUAUAAUGUGAAUGGUGUGUUUUUUCCUUUUUCUUAUAUAUUGGUGAAUUGGAACAACAUAAUGCCUCUGCGCGGGCAUUUUGAUGACUUUAUUGAAGUUGCUGAACUUCGUCGUAAGGCUGAAGGGACUCGUUUUAUCAACAGGGAUCAUUUCAUGUGGGCCUUUCGUGAGAGAGGAUAUGAGCUCCCUAGUAUGUUUAUGGAUAUUGCAGCCUCUAGAAAUGCUGAUGACAAAGCUGAUCAACCUCCUUAUCACAUAUAUUUGACUGCAGUUGCGUUGUCCAAGGCUGGUCAAGAGCCCCUUCAAUUUGAACAUCUUGCCUUUGCGGUGGUUUUCAGCAAUUCUUUUGGCUUUUCUAAUGAGGAGGAGGUGAAAAAAAUGAAAGUCGACUUCCAAGCUUUCAAGACUGCUUUAAGUAACCAUGGUGUGAGUGUCCCAAAGUAUCGGUCUGCGUUCAAAACCAAGUCUUAUUUUUAUGACGUGUGGCAAAAACAACUAGGUGGUUCAAAGGUAAACUUAAGGAAGGCUUGUUCGACAAGUUAGCCUUUUAAGCUCAUACAUAAUGAGAUUGUGAUGGACUUAUGUAUUUCAACUAAUCUAAAAAUGUUAUAAAUUUUAAUUUGUGAUUUAUAGUGUUAUACUGCUUGAUCCUGCCAGGAGUCAUAUGCUUGUCUCAAAGAUUAAGCAUUUGCUACACAUUUAU